AGGAGACAGCAAGACUGUAGGGGUCCUAGAGAAAGAGAGCGCAGGCUGGAGCAUCAGCCAUGGAUGCAGGGGGAGCGUUGGAGAAUAUCACAGAGCUCCUGGGGGAGUUGGCCCUUUGGAAGGAAAUAGGAAGGAAACAGGAGAUCCUGCUUGUAGUUGGAGAGAUUGCUGUUAGAGAGAGGAAGGCAGUCAUACCUGUGGAGCAGACCUCCGAGGUGGUCUCAUCCAACCCCCUCACUUUAACAAGGAAACUGAGGUCCAGGGAGAUUACCCACAAUUACGUAGAGUUACCUGAGAACUGGACAGACACAAGGGAGACCCUGCUGGAGGGGAUGCUGUUCAACCUCAAAUACCUGGGCAUGACCCUGGUGGAGCAGCCGAAAGGCGAGGAACUCUCAGCGGCCGCCGUGAAGCGCAUCGUGGCCACGGCCAAAGCUAGUGGGAAGAAGCUCCGGAAAGUGACCCUCAAAGUGUCCCCGAGGGGCAUCAUCUUACACGACAGCGGGACCAGUGAGCUGAUUGAGAACGUUUCCAUCUACAGGAUCUCCUACUGCACCGCAGACAAGAUGCAUGACAAGGUCUUUGCGUACAUCGCCCAGAACCAGCAGAGCGAGAGUCUGGAGUGCCACGCUUUUCUCUGCUCCAAGCGGAAAAUGGCACAGGCAGUGACCCUCACAGUGGCCCAGGCCUUCAAAGUCGCCUUUGAGCUUUGGCAGGUGUCCAGGGAAGAGAAAGAGAAACGAGAGAAAGCAAGCUUAGAAGAGGUCGCCUGUGGCGCUCGGCGGGACGCUUCCCCUUCUCUGAAGGGCCCGAUCACCACUGGAAACCUGCUGGACCUGGAGGAAACCGCCAAGGCACCCCUGUCCACCGUGAGUGCCAAUGCCACCAACUUGGAUGAGGUGGGGAGGCCCGAGCCCCUGGCCAAUAACAACGUGGUCUGGGAGCUAGAUGACGGUCUUGAUGAAGCCUUCUCAAGGCUGGCCCAGUCACGGACGAAUCCGCAGGUCCUGGACAUUGGGCUGACGGCCCAGGACAUCCAGUACGCUCAGUGCCUCUCCCCAGUGGACUGGGACAAACCGGACUUGGGGGCCCCGGAACAGGACGACCUCUUCGGCUUCUGAGCGUCCUCGGCCCGGCCCGUGAGGCCAGCAACCACUACGCAAAGGGACCAGAGUCGUGCUCAGGGCAAGGGGAGGAGCGGGUCCCCUCGUCCUCAGGACAUCGGCAGCCCCCGCGGCCCGGCAGCCACUAGACCAAAGCUUUAUUAAUGCAGCAUUUUUUUAUCCUGCUUUUUUUCCUUGACAAACGAUAGGAUGCUUCGAGCCUAUUUAUUCAGUGGACUCUUGGUCAGACACAAGUGUUGUUGAGAGUCUCCCGUGGGGUAGCGUGUCCAGUAUUAUGCCCAGCCUCGGGGCUCCUCUCCGGGGGAGGCCAGCUUUUCUUUGACCUCUUCUCUUUCUACACAAGCAGGGCUGCUCGGUUUCAACUCGUUCCUUCCCCAAAGAGCUGCCUGGGGGUCUCCUCCUGUUCUUCUAUGGGGAGGAGGGGCCAAGGAGGGAGGGUGGGAGCCCUGCAGCCCAGGUGAGCGGCCUCUCCUCCCCACAGAGCGGCCCAGGCGUGAGCUGCCUCCGGGAGCCUCUCUCGUCCAAAGACUCAACAGCUUUGCACUUUAAGAAACGAACCCAAAGCCAGGUCUGAAGCUGGCGAAAGGAAGGUGCUGAGUCUGUAGAUAGCUUUUAGCCUUCAUCCUCAGGGUGGGUUAGGGUUUAGACCCCUUGUGGCAGCUAACCCAGAACUGAGAAAGUGUAGUGUGGUGGGUGGAGCUGGCGCCAGGGAAAGCAGCCCUGCCACGCACUCUUCAGGCUCUUGAGCCAAGCCCUUUCCCCCCCGCUGGGCCUCAGUUUCCCCAUUCAGCAAAGGGGGAGAGGGUUGGACUUCCAACUCCAGCAUCCUGUGAUUCUGCCUUAUUAAAAGUUAACUGACCUCUGACCUCUGUCAUGCCAUCCCACCACAUUGAUGAGAUUUGUCCUGUGACUGGCCAUGGACUUGUCUUCUGCCUGACUCUUCCCUGCUCCCGCUGUGGGUGAGAGAAGCAGCCCUUUCUUCUGAAUUUUGGGAGCCCCGGGUCCCUUUUCUCUCAGUUCUCUGUGGCAGGGAGGUCACCGGUAAGAAAUUGGUUUCAUCGGCGUUGGCCAGGUCCUCCCUCUUCUCUCUGUCCCCCCAGUAAAAGAGCACACCGGGUUUGGGCCUUGGUUUUCUGCCGGACCGUGCCUGGUGCCCAGCCCCGGAAGCCCCUGGGCCCUGCUCCUUCACCUUAGACGUGAGCACUCCUGGCAGCGUGUGAGCCCUGCUGAGACCCACUGGUGGAGGAGGUGGCUGAGGGGCCUUGUUCGGACCUGCUUGGUUGAAACAGGUUUAUGAAACUUG